AUCUCCCAUUCGCAUAUCCGUCGUCUUCCUCAACAAUCCAAAUUUGCUCAUAACAGAACACACACCAUCUCUGAACUGCCUCCACGACACCUAAACCACUCCUCUCCAAACAUUUCUACGCCCCCAAUGAGUUUGUUCUGCAGUCCAAUCAAAACCCUUUAUCCAAAACCUUAUCUCCUCCACAAACCUCACUUCUUUCCCCUCUCCGACACAAAACCCCGAAACCUUAGCUUCGCCGGAUUCCCUCGCCGUCGUCAUUCCCCAAUCAAAUCAUGCCUGAAACCCGCAUCUUCCUCCGAAAUCGACAUGGUACGAAACAAAGAAGGAAUCUUCACCCCAAAGGAGAAGAAAGUCGUCGUCCUUUGGGACCUCGACAACAAACCCCCUCGCGGCCCACCUUACGAAGCAGCAACAUCCCUCCGUCGAGUCGCGGAGCUUCUCGGCCGCGUCGUCGAGAUCUCCGCCUACGCGAACCGCCACGCUUUCAUCCACUUACCUCACUGGGUCGUCGAGGAGCGUCGCUCGAGAAAGAGCCUCGACUUCGCCGAGAGGAAAGGCGAAGUAAUCCCCACUGAUCCUUACGUGUGUGGUGUCUGUGGGAGGAAGUGUAGAACGAAUCUUGAUUUAAAGAAGCAUUUCAAGCAGCUUCACGAGAGGGAGAGGGAGAAGAAGGUGAACCGCAUGAGGUCUUUGAAGGGGAAGAAGCGGAAAAAGUUUAAGGAGAGGUAUGUCUCCGGGAACGAGAAGUAUAACGAGGCGGCGAGGAGGUUGUUGACGCCGAAGGUGGGGUACGGGCUUGAGAGGGAGUUGAGGAGAGCGGGGGUUUAUGUGAAGACGGUGGAGGAUAAGCCGCAGGCGGCGGAUUGGGCGGUGAAGAGGCAGAUAAUGCAUUCGAUGACGCGUGGGGUUGAUUGGUUGGUUUUGGUGUCGGAUGAUAAGGAUUUUUGUGAGAUGCUGAGGAAGGCGAGGGAGGCUGAUUUGGGGACGGUUGUGGUGAGUGAUAGGGAUGGGGUUUUGGGGAGGGAGGCUGAUUUGUGGGUGCCUUGGAUGGGAGUGGAGAAUGGGGAGAUUGGGGAGAAGGAUUUGGUGGUUGAGACGAGGAGACGGCGGGGGUUUGAUGAGGAGGAGGAAGGGGAUGGGUUGUUUUCGUUGGCUUAUGAGGAGAGGGAGGAGAGUGAUGGGUUUGGGAGGUUUAGUGUGUCUUCUGCGUUUUCGGAAGAUGAGGAUGAGGGAGAGUUUGAGUUGAGUGAUAGUGAUGAUGAUAGUGACGAUGAGUUCAGCUUUUGAGUUGUAGUUGUGGAUGUUUGAAUCGGUUUAGGAGACAUAAACCGGAAAUUUGAGUUGGGAGAAGCUGUGGUUGAUGGUGUCAUUUUAUGGAGCAAGCAGUAUACUCUGAACUCAAAGAGUAGAACCAAUCUUUUUGCGUAAGCGAAGAUAUUGUGCAGAAAAGCAAUGAGAAUUCAAGUUAAUAUAUUGUCGAAUGAUUUAUGAUUUAUUGAUUAAUGGUAUAUCUCUAUUUGUUAACGCUGGUUGUUGUAAGUAUUGAAUCCAGGAUUUUGGUUUUGCGUAGUGCUGGUGUGAAGCUAAGUGACACACUUUCUUACUUACAAUCAGUGAUUAACUCAUGUCGAUAAUGAUUUGCAAAAGUUCGCCUCGUUUGUUUCUGGCGGCUUUGCCACUGAUUAUUCAUGUAAGAAUCCUAACAACUGAGUGCUGUUAACUAGCCUCUAUUUCUAGUUCUUACUAAGCAGUAGAAAACAUAUUUCAUCUUGCUGAUUGCCACUUUGGCGUCCUGUAAUGUGAUGUGUUUGUUGCACUGUGUUUGGGAUUUGUUUUACUUUCUUAACAUGUCUUACGACUUCAAAGUAGCACAAAUGCUGUCAAUGUUACAUGUCUAGAUUUGCAACUCUUCAAAUCGCAGGACAAGUUUGGGGGUUCUUUUGAGUCUGCCAGAUUCACAACAUUUCAUUUGAGUGU